UUAAGUUCCAUCUUAAAAUACUUUGAGAACAGCUUACUGAAUCUCGGAAUGAAAUUUUGCCAAUAUUAUUAUCAUGAUAGGAUUCUAUAUGCAUUUCAAGUUACAUGUAGGUGCAACAUAGCUAUUGAAUGAACAUGAAGACAUUGAUGCACUUGAUAGGCUUAUAUGAUAUGCUUUUCUCAAGAAUAAAUAGUUUAGGAUGAAUGUUUAAGAUAUGUUAUGAUAAUUUUUUAUAUGUCCUAUCUUAUGCUUUUGUAUUGAACUUUUUUUCUCAAAAUUUAUACAGGUCACAGACUCAACUCAUGUGUGUUCCGCACAUUUUAAUGAAAAUUCAUAUCAGCGAACCCUAACAGGAAUUCGCAGAUUAAAGAAAGGAGCAGUGCCAACCAUUUUCUCUUGGAAGGAGAAGAAGGAGAGGCAGCCACCUAGAAAGCGAUCAAGAAGCUAUUCAUAUGAGGACAACCUCACAGAUAUUUCUUCUGGACCCGAUCACAGCAGCGAGGAUGUAACUACUACACCAGCUCCUAUGCCUGAUCAUGAUUAUGCCAACCCACCAACUAGUACUGCUGACCAGCUCGAAUCACUGAAACAAUACACAAAGAAAUUAGAAGACCAACUUGCAGCUGUGUGCUCCAAAAGGUUUGGUAUAAACCGAUUCACACAUGACCAAGAUUUGAUACAGUUUUACACUGGAUUUAGAACCUAUGAUGAUUUUAUUUCAACUUUCAAUGCACUGAAGCCAACAGCUGUAAAUAUGGUGCGAUGGAGUCAAGUUCAGAGACAUCGAAGUUCUAAUGCAGAAAAUCCACAAAUAAAGAGUGACAUUUUCAGAGAUGAAUCCAUCCCAUUAAUCGAUCAGUUUUUCAUGUUCUUAUGUCGUAUCAGACAGGGCUUUUUUGAGGUUGAUUUAGCUGUGAGGUUUGAUGUAUCCGUCAGUUCAGUGAGUCGUAUUUUGGUCACCUGGGCUAAUUAUUUGUAUGUCAUGUUGGGGAUGCUACCGAUUUGGCAAGAGAGAGCUGCUAUCAACAAAGUUAUGCCAGAGUGUUUUAAGAGCACAUAUCCCAAUACCAGAGUCAUAUUAGACUGUACAGAGAUCAGAGUGCAAACUCCAAGUUCAAAGACAAGAAACUCUGAGAUGUAUUCCCACUACAAGUCUCACUCGACUAUGAAAGGGCUCAUUGGAAUCACACCAGAUGGCAUGAUUAGCUUUGUCAGUGCUUUGUACACAGGUUCUGUUUCUGAUAAGGAAAUAACCAAACAGUGUGGAAUACUGGACUUACUUGAUGUUGGAGAUGAUGUGAUGGCAGACAAGGGAUUUGUAAUACAAGACCUACUCACACCGAAAGGAGCAAAAUUGAUUAUUCCUCCUUUUCUGAGAGAAAAAGGACAGUUUUCUCGCAGAGAAGUGAAAGAAACUCAAGAGAUUGCAAGGCUUAGGAUUCACAUUGAGAGAGCCAUUCGGAGGUGCAAGGAAUAUCAUAUCUUUGACUCUGUCAUACCUCUAACAUUAGCAGGAUCCAUAAAUCAAGUUUGGACUGUCUGCUGUUUGUUGACAAAUUUCUAUGGAAAAUUAUUUUAGUUCAUGGGCCAAAGUAUGUGAACCCAAAGUGACAAGUGUAACAAACAAGCAAUGUUUAUGAAAUGUAUUUUUUAACACCAUGGACAUUGUUAUAUAAUGACAAAGUGUGACCAUUGACAAGUGAUGGUGGAAUUCAUAUAUGAAACACACUUUUCAUUGAAGUAUUACACAUAUUUCAUAAAAUAUCUAUAUAGAUAUGAAAACAGUAUAAGAUAUGAACAUGUUCAUAUGCAAAUAUUCAACUUCAUCAUCAUUGAUCUCUCAUAUAUGUACAAUGUUUACGGAAUGUGUAGAAAUGUCCUAUUUCCUUGUUCAUGUGCAACAUGCUUCAAAUUUCUUUCUUUUUUUGACAUGGCAAUAAAGUUAAAUGUAAUAGAAAUUUUGAAGCUGUCACUGGUAUUGGCCAGGGUGCGAUUUCACAUAUUUAUCUAGACUGCACUUAGUGCUGUCUACACCAUAUUUGUAUCUGCAAUAUUGUUUACGUGAAUAAUAAUUCGUAAUUGUUAUCCAAUAUUCAUGAUACGCAUCAUAUUUGCCACAUAGUGUAUUCAUUGCAGCCCUAUGGAACAGCAUUGAAUGAACUUGAAACAUUUGUUUUUAAAUACUGCAGUUCCUUUAAUGUUUUCAAUAGUCAUAUAUUUUGAUCAUUUCAAAUCCCAUGGAGAGGAGAUACAUGUCAUGUAAACAAUAAAAUUAUUGAUAAAAUGCCAA